GCCGGGCCAGGCCGGCCCCGCGGACGGACAUGCUGACCUUCUUCCUGGUCUCGGGGGGCUCUCUCUGGCUGUUCGCGGGGCAGUGGUGGGGCCCGGCGAUCCGUGAUUGGGGAUGGCCCUCAGCUGCUCACCCACUACUACGAUGAUGCCAGGACCAUGUACCAGGUGUUCCGUCGUGGGCUUAGCAUCUCAGGGAAUGGACCGUGUCUUGGCUUCAGUAAGCCCAAGCAGCCUUAUCAGUGGCUGUCCUACCAGGAGGUGGCCAACAGGGCUGAAUUUCUAGGGUCCGGACUUCUCCAGCACAAUUGUAAAGCAUGUACAGAUCAGUUUAUUGGUGUUUUUGCACAAAAUAGACCAGAGUGGAUCAUCGCAGAGCUUGCCUGCUACACGUAUUCUAUGGUGGUGGUCCCGCUGUAUGAUACCCUGGGCCCUGGGGCUAUCCGCUACAUCAUCAACACAGCUGACAUCAGCACCGUGAUAGUGGACAAACCUCAGAAGGCCCAGCUCCUGCUGGAGCAUGUGGAGAGGACGACGAUUCCAGGGCUCAAGAUGAUCAUCCUCAUGGACCCGUUUGAGGAAGCUCUGAAAGACAGAGGGCAGGGGUGUGGAGUGGUCAUUAAGUCCAUGCAGGCUGUGGAGGAGUGCGGCCAACAGAAUCUUCACGUUCCUGUGCCCCCAAAUCCCAGUGACCUCUCCAUUGUGUGUUUCACAAGCGGCACAACAGGGAACCCAAAAGGUGCAAUGCUGACCCAUGGGAACGUGGUGGCUGAUUUCUCAGGCUUUCUGAAAGUGACAGAGAGUCAGUGGGCUCCCACUUGUGCGGAUGUGCACAUUUCCUAUUUGCCUUUAGCACACAUGUUUGAGCGAAUGGUGCAGUCUGUUGUCUACUGCCACGGAGGGCGCGUCGGCUUCUUCCAGGGAGACAUCCGUCUCCUCUCAGAUGACAUGAAGGCUCUACGCCCCACCAUCUUCCCUGUGGUCCCACGACUGCUGAACCGGAUGUACGACAAGAUCUUCAGCCAGGCAAACACACCACUGAAGCGCUGGCUCCUGGAGUUUGCACCAAAGCGUAAACAGGCUGAAGUCCGGAGCGGAAUCAUCAGGAAUGAUAGUAUCUGGGAUGAGCUCUUCUUUAAUAAGAUUCAGGCCAGCCUUGGUGGGUGUGUGCGGAUGAUUGUGACUGGAGCAGCCCCCGCGUCACCAACAGUCCUGGGAUUCCUUCGGGCAGCUUUGGGGUGCCAGGUUUAUGAAGGUUACGGCCAAACCGAGUGCACAGCUGGAUGUACCUUCACCACACCUGGGGACUGGACCUCAGGGCACGUGGGGGCGCCUCUGCCCUGCAAUCAUAUCAAGCUCGUCGACGUCGUGGAACUGAACUACUGGACCCGCAAAGGAGAGGGAGAGGCGGGAACUCUUAAAAUUAUUGAUCGGAAGAAGCACAUAUUUAAACUUGCUCAGGGAGAAUAUGUUGCACCUGAGAAGAUUGAGAACAUCUACACCCGGAGUGAGCCUGUGGCACAAACCUAUGUCCAUGGGGACAGCUUACAGGCCUUUUUGGUGGGCACUGUUGUGCCUGACCCUGAAGUCAUGCCCUCCUGGGCACAGAAGAGAGGAAUUGAAGGGACAUACUCAGAGCUCUGUGUAAAUAAGGAGCUGAAGAAAGCCAUUUUGGAAGAUAUGGUGAGGUUAGGAAAAGAAAGUGGACUCCAUUCUUUUGAACAGGUAAAAGCCAUUCACAUCCAUUCUGACAUGUUCUCAGUUCAAAAUGGCUUGCUGACACCAACACUAAAGGCUAAGAGACCUGAGCUGAGAGAGUACUUCAAAACACAAAUACAAGCGCUCUACUCAACCUCCAUGUGAAGUUCAAGGCAAGUUCUGCUCAGUACAAUGGACUGUGUAGCAAUAUUAUAAUUAUUCAUGAAAGUAAUGAGUCAGAAUGAUGCAGCUGAAAAUGAAUAAGCACGUGACUACGACUGAGCCUUUUCCUGUCCCAAGAUGUCUUUAACAAUAUUUUCUCUAUCAUCACUGAGUACACUUUAUUUUUAUUAAAAUGAUAUUGUAGCAAGCUGCUAAAAAUAUUGCAAAUGGCAAUGUAAAAAUCAAGACUUUUCUCAAGAACGAUGUACCACUAAAAGAAAUAUAUUCUCAAUGUUCAUAGCACUCCUAUUAAACAUAAAGAAAAAAACAUAACUGAUA